GAGUUGAGGUUAGGUGUGGGUGUGGUUGUUGACUUCACAAUUUUCUCUUCUGCUGUGUUUAAGAUGUAUGCUAAGCAAGUUUUCAUAUGAGCUGAACCUUCUAUCGAGUCUGUCAUGUACUAAAUAAGUCCUUAUUAUAAGUUGUGGAUUUUUACCAAUACCAGAGAUUUGAAAACAUAAUUAAAAAUGGCAUUUUACGUGAGCCGUUUAUCCCUUGGACUAGAACUGCGACGGUUAGGAUGUAAGACCAUGAGGUGUUCAGGUGUUGACUGUCGAAGCUCCUCAUCAACUUCUACAACUUUAGCCCCUCGAUCACUUGCAGAUGAUGGUAAGACAGACAAGCUGGGUAGAAGAGAGAAAAAAAAUUUGAUGAUGUCAGAGUCUGUAGAUAAACCUGACUUGAAUCUAAGGUUCAAAUAUCCAGAGAUGUUUCCUGAACCAUUUAUGAUUUGGCGUAAUCCUGUGAAAGAGAAGUUAGAGAGGAAAGACAUGUUGGCAAGGCGAAACUGCAUUUCUAUUCCUGAAUUCUAUGUUGGCUCUGUUCUACGUGUAAACCUUUCCAACAUUCAUCAACCUGACAAGGUAUCAAGUUUUGUUGGGAUAUGCAUAGAGAGGAAGGAAACUGGGUUAAGGGCAUCCAUCACUCUUCGGAAUGUCAUUGACAACCUUGGUGUUGAAAUCAAGUUGGAGCUGUAUGAUCCAAGGCUGCUUAAAAUAGAAGUGCUGCGUCUUGAAAGAAGAUUGGAUCCUCAUUUGCGAUAUUUAAGAGAUGCACCACCAGAAUAUAGUACUUUCCCCUUGGAUAUGAAGCCUGACAUAAAUAGAAGUGAUGAAGUUCCCUUGAAUAGAAUUAAGGUUAAGCUAAAUCCACGUCCAUGGACUGAAAAUUGGCACAAAAUUGAAUACAAAGGUAUUGACGAAAGUAUUGAUGAUCUAAUUACAAACAAAUGGAAAGCUAGGCGAGAACUUUUGCGCAAACCAUGGGAGAAAUAUGACUUGAUGAAAACCUACCGGGCAACUUUACCCGAAGAAGAAAUGGAAGAAAUCUUGACUGAAAUUAAAGAUGAUGUUGAAGAACAUGACAGGAAGCAUAGCAGGCGACAGAGUUAAUCAAUUGAGUCUUAUAAAUUUUUGUACCGACUCUGUCAAUAUCAUAAAAUGAGUUUCUAAGUGUUUUCUCCUAAUGAUAAUAAAAGUGUUAAGUAUAGGUUC